AUGGCCGCUCAGCAAGUCGAAUCUUUGCUUGAGUUAGAGCAAAUGAGUGCCGACCUGCCUUAUCUGAAUGCUAGGCGACGCCCUAUUAUACCAGAUGAGCACCUCUCGGACCAAAUCGAUCACUUUGGCUUGACCAUAUUUAUGGCGUCAGUGCUCGGACGUGUAACUCGAUGGGUCUUUCAGCACAGUAUUAGUGACUCGCAAAUGCCCUGGGACUCAAGAAGUGAAUUCAGCCGUCUUGCUGGUAUCUUGGUCAACUUCGAAUCAUACUCUGAAGCCGACAACGUCGACCUUGCGGAGAUACUUGGAAGAGAUUAUGCUCCAGACGGCAACGGAUGGCAAACGUGCUUGAACUUUCUUGCGCAAGAGAAUGCCCGUUAUGACUUCUACGAGAGUAUGAAUCGAAUGCAUAAUGUCUUGUAG